UUUGUCGCGGCUCCGCACCAACCGAAUAUGGCCGCGAACGCGACGCUCCUAGGACUGCUUCCCGCUGGCUCGUUUGAGAAGCUGCACGCACUGAAGAGUCUUGGCGUGUGUGUGCGAUGCAUCCUGCGGUAUGCGGCCGUCACCGAUCACGAGCUGUACAGCCUUGACUCUGCCGAGCUGAGCGCGACGUGGGAUACUUUCUCUGCUGCGCAAGGGCAACCUGUUCCUGACGCUCCAGCGGCCAUCGCAGGAGUGUGCACGUGCUGCCUGGACGUGUUUGAAGGCGCAUUGGGCGCUAGUAACCGCGCAGAUCUCGUCGCCAAGGCGAAAGACUGUGGGUACGCCACGACGACGUUUAUGAUUGCGAUCCAAAUUCCAAGUGCGACAUUGAUUCGGCAGCAUUCGUUGAGCCACCACGUCAAGUUCCCAUCGACCCCGAUUGACCUGAAGGAGGUCCUGAAGUGGUGCCUAACACCAAUUUUGGCGACGGCCUUGAACAACGCGACGUACGUCGCGACGAGCGACGUCAGCAUCCACUUGCACUUUCAGCACGAGCUGUCUGAACAAGAAGCGAUGCAGGUUCCCACCAUUCGGGACACCAUCAUGCAAAAUAAACGGCGCAAGCUCGAAAUCGACGCAUUUGGCGCCGUGACGCGGGCGCUGCAGUCCAUGCACGAUUUUCCUUCCACGAUGCCGUGCCCGCCGACAGUGGCGAAGACGCCAUGCUCGCUGACCGUCAAGAUGGAGCGCGCGCCGACGUACGUGGCAGGUCGAUAUUUGAAGUACCAGCGCGGACUGAGCCAAACUCCGUGGGUGCUCGAUGGCGAACGGUUGGGCGAAUCGUCGGUGGAGGAAGCGAUUGGGGAUAUCGUAUUGCCGCAUUUUCACGCAAAGUCGUACAAGUUUCACACGGCAGGGCGCGAAGACGUCGACGUCCGCAUGCUCGGCAAUGGCCGACCGUUCAUCCUCGAACUCAUCGGUACGAUGCGCCAGCCCCGAUUGCGUCGUGCUCAUGGUGGUUGCAGACGCCAAGGUGGCCGCGCUCCCGUCGCCCGCGCAUUACGAAAGGAUACAGGCAGAAGUGAACGAAACGAAUGCCGACCGCGUCGAGAUUCGCGGCUUUCAACUCACGGACAAGGUGGGUUCGCCAUCGAUGCUGACCGACCUGGCAUCGAUCGCGGUAGAAACGGUUCUCGGUCCUGCAAGCUGGCGCCGACUCGAAGCGGAAAACGUACUGCUGUGUCGUAUGGGUCGCUGAGAAGCUCACGCCGGACCGCGUGGCGACUCUCAACUCGAUCUCGGACCUGGCCGUCGCGCAAAAAACGCCUGGUACGUUCUUGUGUGCGCACCGAGUCAAUGGACGCGCCAUAGUGCGGGUGCUCCACCGCCGCACGCUGUUGACGCGGCCCAAGGUGAUCCACAGCGCCAACGUGACUGUGCUCAACGACCACUACAUGCUCCUACGCCUGACGACGUCGGCGGGGACGUAUGUGAAAGAGUUUGUCCAUGGCGAUCUCGGCCGGACGUUGCCGAAUGUCUCAACGUUGCUGGGAUGCGAUGCCGACAUCUUGCAACUCGAUGUGGAAGAUCUCGUCGAGUAAAAGUUGCAGUCGACGCAAUGCAUGCACGGCAUCACGAUGGUUGGCUGGACCAGCGCGACGUCUUGCCCUGGGUCGUUGAACGUGGCGCAAUCGGUCGUCGUCGCGAGUCGGAGCUCAAAUGGCGAAACAACGAUAAAAGUGUGCUGUUCGUGGCAGGGGAAGGUCG